AUGAGUGACCUGAGAGAUCCGAAACUCCACGCAACAGGGCAAAGCCGCUCUGCCUCAAGAGCAUGGGACCCUUGGCGCGAUGGCUCCACAUCAGCUCCGACAGCUUUUGAGAAUCAGCAUGCGGGUCAUGUGAUGAACGCCGAUCUUCCCGAGCGCUUCCAGAUCAACCGGCCGUACAGGUUUCGUCAACAAGCCGCCCCUCAGGACGACUACUCUCAGGCCGUACGGUGCGGAACCGAGAUCCGCCAAUACCUCGAAGAAUCCAACCAGCCAGUCAGUUCUGACUCAUGGCUGGCGCGUCCAGAGCUGCCAACAUCCGCCGAGAUCCUUGAUAUUCCGGAACCGGACGACAACAGCCUUGAAGGGGAUGUUGUUUUGGAAAUCAACAAAACAUCCGGUCGGUGGAGGUCAAAAGUGGCGUAUCUCAGUGCCCACUAUGACCUACUCAGGGAGGACGCCGUCAAACCCUUGAGAGACGCGGUGGGCCGCAUGAGGGUCAAGCCCUUCGCAAAGGAGGAGGAAUACGGGAGCUCGAUCGGCAUAUACGAGAAUGUUCAUAUCACUGCCUUGACAUUUUCCACUCGAGGCAUUGCUGUUCGUGUGGUGUUCUCACUCGCUCGAUCAGGCAAACGUGUACACUGGGAGCAGUCGAAGCGGUUGAUUACCGGAUCGCUGGUGGUCCUCACGCCCGCGGAUGAUCUAUUCAAGACUAAAUGCAUCGUCGCGGUGGUAGCCGCUAGGCCCCUAGUCGGCCUGGAGCAAAACCCUCCCGAGAUCGACCUCUUCUUUGCACGCGCUGAGGACCUCGAGAUUGAUCCUGCGAAGGAAUGGAUCAUGGUUGAAGACCGGACAGCCUACUAUGAAGCCCAUCGUCAUACCUUACUGGCUCUACAGAAGCUUAUGAGGGAGCCUUUCCCUCUCAAGGAGCAUCUUGUGGAUGCCGAGUCUAGCGUCGAACCUCCUGCAUAUGUCCAGAUGAAGCCCAAAACCGAUCUCAGCUGCAUUUUCGAAGCAACAUCCACUGGAACGUUUGAGAACGUUGAUAUUCUCAAUGCGUGGCCCGACAAACCUGAAUCGUCGGAGCUUGACAAUACUCAGUUAUCGGCGUUGCAGCGCAUCAUGACGAAGCGACUUGCGGUUGUACAAGGCCCACCGGGCACCGGCAAGACUUACGUGUCUAUCGUGGCCCUCAAGGCAUUUUUGCAUAACAUGGCUCCGGGGGACCCUCCUAUCAUUAUCACCUCACAGACGAACCAUGCCUUGGAUCAACUCCUGCGCCAAGUUGCUGAAUUCGAGCCUGACUUUAUCCGCCUUGGAGGCCGAUCAAAGGAUCAGGAUGUGGUCAAAAAGCGGACGCUGUUUGAAGUCCGGCAGAUGAGCCAAAAGUUCCGCGUGUUCGGUGGACUACGCGAGCCGGCUAGGAAACAGAUGCAGAUGCUGGAGAAAGCUAUGAGAAUCUUGCUUACGCCACUUGAACUUGGAAAUAGUGCUCUGGGUCAUGUUCUUCUAAAAAAGCUCAAAUUGCUUACUGAGGAGCAAUGCAAGUCACUAGAAAGAAGCAGGGAGGACUGGAUUCAGCAUGGCCAGGACACUACUGGCUUCAGUCCAAUGGAGGUGUGGAUGGGACAGGCGCUUAUACCGGUCCAGCGGUAUGUUCAGCCGGAGGACUUUGGCUUUGAAUAUGAAGAGCUUGACCUCGAGUUUGAGCAGCUGAAGGAGAUGGAAGCAGAGAACUUUGCCAAAGACGACGAAGACUUUGAAACAUUAAGGGGCACGGUCGUCAAUAUUGCGGACAAUUAUACCGGCAAGAAGACGGCAGGCCUGGAUGAACAGCAAGUGGAGAGGCUGCUGGAGAACCAAGACCUCCGAAAGAUCCCUCCGCGUUCCAGGGGCGCCGUCUACAGCUACCUUCAAGAGCAAGCAAAGAAAGCUCUUCUGACAGCCUUCCGUGUAGAAGCGAAGAAGUUCAACGAUGCGACGGUGAGACACAAAGCGGGGGGUUGGGAACGAGACCAGCUCAUCCUCAGGCAGCAGAAAGUUAUCGGGAUGACGACAACGGGUUUCAGCAAAUAUCGUGCACUGGUCGCUAGCUUGCGGCCCAAGAUCGUGCUCAUUGAAGAAGCCGCCGAAACGCUCGAGGCGCCCGUCAUCGCCACCUGCGUGCCCACACUCGAGCAUCUCAUCCUUGUCGGAGACCAUCAGCAAUUGAGGCCACAUUGUCACGUGAGAGAUCUUGAAGGCCCUCCGUACAACCUGAACAUGUCCCUCUUUGAGCGCAUGAUCAAUAAUGAAAUCGAGUUCAACAGCCUUCGCCGACAGCGCAGGAUGAUCCCCGAGAUUCGACGGAUUCUAAAACCCAUCUACGGAGACCUGAUCACUGAUCACCCAGCGAUGAAAGACCCAUGUGUGCGGCCACCCGUUCCGGGCAUGGGCAGCAUAAGCUCGUACUUCUUCACCCACGAAUGGCCGGAGACUCGCGAUCAGUACAUGUCUUCCUGCAAUCUUGGGGAAGCAGAAAUGAUCGUCAACUUCUUCGACUACCUUGUGUUGAACGGUGUAUCAUACGGCCAGAUUACCGUGCUAACGUUCUACAAUGGUCAGCGCAAGGCCAUUCUCAGAGGGCUGCGCGAUCAUCCCAACCUCAAAGGCCAUAUAUUUAAAGUCGUCACUGUUGACUCCUACCAAGGAGAAGAGAACGACAUUGUUCUUCUGUCACUUGUCCGGAGCAAUGAUGCCGGCAAAGUCGGCUUCUUGAACGUCGACAACAGGGUCUGCGUUGCCCUGUCUCGAGCCAAGCGGGGAUUCUACAUCUUCGGAAACGGCGAGCUUUUAGUCAACGCAAGCAAGACUUGGGUGAGCGUCAUUGAGAUCAUGGCGGGCAAGAAAAAGCCGUUCCCUGCCCUGGGGCCGAAACGUCGUCUGGGAUUCCAUCUCCCUCUGGAAUGCACUCAACAUGGCCGCAAGACAUUCAUCAGAGAGCCGAAUGACUGGGCCAACAUCAAUGGCGGAUGUGAGGCGAAGUGCAAGACGACAUUGGAAUGCGGCCACGCUUGUCCUCUCAAUUGCCAUCCGUAA